AUGUACAUCGACACCGAGGCGGCGAACAAGGGCGUGAGGGUCGAGGUGACCGCACACCGAGAGCCAUUGCGAAGCGCAACCAGGUACGAAGAGGACUCGACACCAUUACUCGAUUCCUUCGUAGGACAGGAAGCACCGCCGCCGUCCUACCUGGAGGCGACUACGCCCCAUGGAUGGCAUUCGAGGAAGAGUGGGGACGAGGAGGCGGGGUUGCUUUCAUUCGAUGGGAGACAGUCGAUGUCGAGGCCACGUGCAGAGCAUGUGUUUAGAGAUGGGAAAAGAAAGACUCUGAGGGAACAAUGUACGAGGAGAAGGCUAGCCAAGGUGGUUUCAGCGAUCGUGGUGAUAGCAAUACUUGCCGCGAUUCUUGCUGCAGUGACACGGGGAGACGAGAAACAGCCCAAACCGGUCGUUCCUACUCCUGAUCCCCAACCAAAACCACCAAAAGAGAGCUAUCCCAUUCGAUGGCCGCAGCAUUGCGGGAAAGAGUACAAUGCGCGGACAGAUGAACGAGACUUUGGCUCGAUUCGGAGCCUCGAUAUCCAGGAGGCAAUCCACCAGUUGCAUGGGCAAUACAAGAGGGUGUCUGGCUGGGUGCACGUUGUCAAAGCACCAGACGCACAGCCUGCAGGAACGGUUCAGGCGAAAAUAUCCUACGCAGCUUCGACAUCAGUUGAUAUCAACGAAGUGAGAUAUGAGUGGUCAGAGUCUGGUCUGUCUGUCGGCGAUCCUUCCUCUGCAGACUCAUUCGAUGGUCUUAACCCCAAGUUUUCGGCUUGUCUGGGGAUUGCCAUCGUCGUGUACGUCGCCCCGGGUGUCGAGAUGGAGAACUUCAACGUCAAUUCCGUACACCUGGGGAUGCAGAUCCACAGUGGAGUCGACUUCAAUGUCACAAACAUCACAUCGAUAAAAUUAGCAUCCGGCACUCUUGAUGCUUCGAACUUGAAAUCUCGGGAGACGCACCUCGAGACUAUUUCAGGAUCUAUCAGUGGCAGAUACGAUCUACGCGAAUUGUUGGCCAUCAACACGCAAAGCGGCUCCGUGAAUAUCAACGUGCGCCCCCAAGAAGCAGAACAAGGCAACCCCAAGCCCGCACUGUUCAAAGCGCGCUCUCUCUCCGGCAGUCUCCGCGCCGAUUUCGAGAGGAACAAUAUUCCACAACGGGAUUACCAGGUCGAGAUCGACACUGAAGUCGGAACUGUCGAUGGCACCUUCAUCCAUGGAUCAUCUACGAAUAUCACGUCCGUUGCCGGCCUCAUCACUGCAGACAUCAUGCCCUUUGGAGACGGAGGCAUGGAAACGACAUUGCACACUUCGACGACGUCAGGGGCACAGACAGUAACGCUCCAAGCGCCCUACAACAAGAGCGCCACUGGAAUAUCCAAGUUGACAAGUACCCACAAGAGUGUCUCAGGUGCCCUUGAUCUAACCUAUCCACAAUCGUGGGAAGGUCACGUGCAAGGAAGAAGCGUGAGCGGCAUCGUGCACUUACAGGGCCGGGAUCUCGAACUACAGCAUGAGGAGCAGGAUGUCAGUCUAGGAAGCCGUGUCGAAGCGAAGAAGGGAAAAGGCGACAGUGAGAUGACCUUCAAAACUCUCACCGGGGGUUGCGAAGUCAAGGUUGGGAAGCUAUGA